AUGCGCCCUUCCGCGAGAAUCACCCUCAGAAGCAAGAAAAUGACAAAAAUGAGAGACGGGGGAGGAUCGAAUAGUCUCUCCAUUCGCCGACGCGUCGACAAAACCUGUCGAAUGUGUCAAAUCGCGAAAUUGGGGGGGGGGGGGGAUUUUUUUUUUCUCCCAAAAAUAAAAAAAACCUACCGACGCGUCGACCCACCACUAAAUUCAAUAGUUUCUGUCUCUCUUUGCGCGCUUCUUUCUUUUUUCGCCGUGUUGCUGCAGCAAAACACAAAAAAAAGAAAACAGCCGUUCGGUGCAAUGUUCAGAAAGUGUAAAUCACACCACCGGAAACAAGCGACGAGCCACUGA